CGAAAAAAAUUAAUGUCACUUUUCGCGUCGCGAAAUUACGUCGGCGGUGUGCAAUGUAUCAUUGACAAGUUAUUGGUUCGAAAAAUAUUAUUGACGCGCGAAUAAAUCGCGCGUUAAAUUCGCGUCUGGUGUGAAAGGGCCUUUAGACUGCUGCCCCCGCGAUCCGGUCCCGGAUAAGCGGAGGAAAAUGGAUGGAUGGAUGGAUGGAUGAAACCUAUUUUCGUUUCUACAUCUCCUUUGCCUCUCUGAUAAAAGUGGAAUUUACGAUGGUAGUGAAGGCAUCCGGACUGUUGCUUCCGCGCGUGCGCACUGCAGUUGAUCGACGCGCGUUCUAUCCUAAUAUCAUGUUAGCUUUCGGUACGGCUGGUUAAUACCCGGUGAUUCUUUUGUAAGCAUGAGGCAUUGCACUGUCACCAUGACCUGGCGGAAGGAGGAGUAAUCUUCUGACCUUGUUCUUUUUUUAUUUAUUUAUUUAUUUUUACUGUUAGCUGACCGGCGUUGUUUGGGUUAAUCGAAGCAGUAAGCUGCUAGCUGUUAGCCGCUAGCACACCAGUGUGCUGCACUUUAGCUCGGACGUUAACCUGAAGCUCGUUUUGGUUGUGAAGCCAAAUAUAACAUCAACUGAAAAUACAGGCGUUCAUGAAAACGGAGCUCAGGUAGCUCGAGGAGGAAGAUGGCCCCAGUCUCAGAUGCAGAGGUGGAAGUGGAGGUGACCUCAGUGUCAGACAGAGGGAGGAGAGGAAGAGCCCCGCUGUCUCUGGAUGACUGCCGCUGUCCGGUCUGUCUGGAGAUCUUCAUGGAGCCGGUGACACUGCCCUGCAAACACACCUUCUGCAAGAGCUGCUUCCUGGAGACAGUCAAUAAAGCCACGCUGUGCUGUCCAAUGUGCAGGAAGAGAGUUUCCACCUGGGCCAGACUAAACAGCAGGAACAACACGCUGGUCAACCAGGAGCUGUGGAAGCAGAUCCAGACCUGCUUUCCACUGCAGUGUCAGCGCCGUCUCACCGGGCAAGAAGCCGAGGUUGACCAGGCAGUUUCACUGCGUUUUCCCAGAGUGAGUCAGCCCGGAGAGCUGCGGCAGGAAUAUGAAGAGCAGAUCACUAAACUCACAGAGGAGAAGCGAGCGUUGGACGAGGAGGAGAGGAAGGCCAGUGAGGAGUACAUCCACAGGCUGUUGGCUGAGGAGGAGCAGGAACUGCAGGAGGACAGGAAGAGGAGAGAGGACGAUGAGAGGCUGGCCAGAAUGCUCAGCAACCAGCUGAACUCUGCUCCAGUCUCCCAGGAAAACCUCCGUCCUGCUGGCAUUACUCCUGCCAAGAAGAAAGUUGGCUCGGGUCAGAUUGACAAGUUCUUGUGUCCUCGUCCAUCUAAAAUAGACUCCUCUGGCUGCAGCUCUGCCUCUGGCAUCAUGGCCAACAAGGAGAACAUCCACUUCUCUCAGGUGGAGUGUCCUCUCCCUAAUCUAGAUUACUGCAGCCAUGUGACACAUGGAUUGGAACCUCCACCUGGCCACCCAGCCUCUGUGGAGGAUCAGACUCGCAGGAGUCAACUGGCCAGAGAUGGAGGAUCUUCCUCAACCAAGAGGAAGAGCUCGGAGCUGGAGGCAACAGAGGAGGAGGAGCAGCAGGUGAUAACCACUAAACGAGGUUGUCAUUCCCUACCCUCCUCCUCCUGCUCUUUAGAGGAGGCAGAGCUGUUGACCCUGCAGGGUAUGGCUGAGUGGCAGGCAGAGCUGCUGAGCAGGCGCCAGCAGGAGGAAGAGGACUGUCGACUUGCUCAGCUCCUGCAGAAGGAGCUGAACCAGGAGGAGAAACAGAGAGCCACUGACAGACGCAAAGGAUCUGGUGAUGCAUACCUGCUUCGCCAGAGCAAAGAAGGGAAGGUGGAGACCAGCACCACCACUAGGGCCUCCAGGAAGACUACAAAGAUCUCCUCCUGCACCUCCUCAGCACCCUCUGCCUCAUCUUUAUUAAAGAGUACAAGGACCUCCUCACCCUCCCCCAGCUCCUCCAACAGAGGCGGUAAGCAGACCACCCUGACUGAGAUGUUCUCCAGUCUGAGCAGCUGAAUCCUCUCGCUCUCUUUCUGCGCUGUGUUAACUGGUGGUAGAGAGACACUGGGACAGUGUUCUGUUUUUAGGUUCAGAUUAUAAAUUUAACAGUUUUUACAACAGGAGUUAAAUGUGGAAAAUGGAGUUUAAAUACACAGAGCAUUCUGAAUGGUAGUUUAAUCCACACUGCUGUUGUGCAGACAUCAUGAAGAGUUCAGAAAAACUCAACUUUGUUAGCAACUGUAAUUGUAAAAAAAAAAUAAAAGACAAACAGUUCAGUAAAAAAUUUAUUUCUGUCAUGUACCAUAAAGAUGAAAACAGUCGCAAUACUGAUCCCCCCGACAGAAUCAGUAAAAAUAAAGACUCAAAGACUUAGUGAUUAAACCCUAAACUCAUUUGUCUGUUGCUCAUAAUGCAAACACAACAUAUUUACACCCGGCUGCAGAUAAAGCGAAGAACCUGUGGACAAAAGCUGAAGGUGAAGAUGAGAUGCUUCCUGUAGACCUGGCUGUAUGAAUGUCAUCAACCUGAAAAUAGUUCAAUCAGCGGAGAUGAAGAUGA